UGUGUGUGUGUGUGUGCCAGCGCUGCCUGUACGAGUGCUCGAGUAUGUAAGUCAACAACGUUGACGCAGCACUUAACUCAACUCGAAGCAAUUGGCUUUGGCGAUCAAUGAACGCAACACCGGAGAAGAAGAAGCUCCAGCGAGAGAGGAGUGCACUUAACAAAAUGUAUUUUUUCUGUAUUUUCUUUUAUAUUUUUACAUACAUAUCUCUAAAAUAGAUUGGUAAUUAAGUAUAAUGAUAAUGAUUUAAUUGGAUACACUUGGACAAUUUUAAAGUUCAAUGAUUUUCAAAAAUUUGGCUCUGUACUGAUACAAUUUUCAUUAACUAUUUUUUUUUAUUUAAAUACAUUACAUUAAUGUAUGUAUGAAAUCUUAAAAUGAGAGAAUUCGCCUUGACUAAACAUGAUUUUCUAGGGAGGGAAUAUAAAUUAUCAGCGGAGUUUGAUCCCGUUUUUUUUAGUGUAGUGAAGUGGAGUUUGUUUCGCUGCUGUGUUGUUUUUAGGACGAUGACUCAAGUACAUAACACGGGGGAGAGAGUGAGAGGCAGAGGGGUAAUGUACUAUAUAUGUGGGGAGCUUAUCGGGAGCUGGAAUGAGAGCACAACAGUCUCGCUUGUUUUCGCCUGUGGAUGGGCUUGAUGUGGCGUCCAUCUGGUGAGAGUGUGAGUGUUCGUAUACGGAACACCCUGUUACUGCGUUUGCUACGCUUCUUGACGGCAUUCCUUCACGUCAAACGCGAGAAAACACAAACACCAAAUGGACAAACGCUUAAGAUUAAAAACAAAUGUUGACCGCUUCUAACGAGCCGGCACUCCACGAAAAGAGAGAAAGAUAGGAAAAGAAAGAGCCCUCUCCCCCACACACCCACAUCAGAUUGACACACUUACGUGACUGCCAGAGAGAAAGACACAGAGAGCUGCGCUUGCGCCUCGCUCUUUAACAUGCGGUAUUCAUAGCCGCAAAAGACGAUCGUGUGCCGGCUGCUGACUUCUCUUUUCGGCGGUAACAAUUUUGGGAUUUCUUCGAGACCCUAAUUAACUCGUAUUUAAGGCAGGAACAGGGCGUGGGUGCUGAAAAGAGGUGUUGAGAGACUCGUAUGGAGAUGUAGGCAGAUCGCGUGAUGGCUCGCCUGAUAGCAACACCAUUCUUAAGAGGCUUUCUUCGGCGGAGCUGCCUCAGUACCGCGCUAGACGCUGUCGCGAUCGUGAUCAUGUGGACUUGGCUGCUGCUCCUAAGUCUUUUAGAAGUGAACUUCGCCAAGGCCCUUUACGACCAGUGCAACCACCAGGUGAAGCUGCAAUCGGGCCAAAAACUGCUCAUCAACUCGCCCUAUUACCCGGCUCUCUAUCCCAGAGGCACUUCCUGUCGCUAUGCCGUGGAGGCUCCCAAGGAUCAGGUGCUGCAAUUCAAAUGCGAACUCCAACUGCAGACGCUUUCCACGGAUUUGAAAUGCCGCACGGAGGUGUUUCACUUCAAUUCCGAGGGCGACGAGGUGUUAACAAGUUCGGAAUACUUUUGUGGCAGCGGAAAAUUCGAGCGCAAAAGUUUUCUCAAUCGUGCGGUGAUUUCGUACAUAUCCAAUGGACAUUCGGAGCCGCCCUCAGCCGUCAAGUUAAAGGAUAAACUCACGGCGGGUGCAACUACUAGCACAACUACGCAGGCACCACAAGGUGUUUCUAUAGAGGAACAGGACGCUGAAGAGGUAGAGGUGGAGCCUGGGGCGCCGGAGGAGUCGGAGGACCCAGAGGAAUCCGAGGAGGACCUCAGCGAUGAGGUGCUGCACGUGCUGCAGGAUGUGGGCGUCAGCGAUGCCUUGGCCUAUGUGGCCUCCUUACUUUACGACGACGAAGAGGCCAGAAAGUCCAAAGCUACGACUAUUUACCUCGACGCAUUGCCAAUUCGCAGCACUUCGAAGAUUUCCGGAAAACGUGCCCGGAUUGUUACCACCUACCCCCUCGCCCCAUCCACUCGCCAGGGAGGAGGACGCUUCACCUGCCUCGUCGAGGCCAUUCAGCCCACGUGCAGCUGCGGCUGGAGCCGCACUCCCCGGAUAGCCAGUCCCACCAACGAGGAGGCCGUCCUGCACGAGUUCCCGCCCAUGGCCGGUGUGCUGACCAAGAAGCACGGAAAACUCUUCUGCGGCGCUGCAAUCAUCCAUCACCACUACUUGCUGUCGGCUGCGCACUGUUUUCUUGGCCCGGAGACGAGCAGUGCCGCCCAACUGCGUGUGGUGGUGGGCGAGCACGACUUGGCCAGUGCCUAUGAGACGUUCGCCACUCGUCGCUACGACCUUGAGGCCCUGAUCAUCCACGAGGACUUCAGGCAGGCGAGCGACGGACAGCCGAGGAACGACAUCGCCCUGCUUAAGACACGAUCGCCGAUCAUGUGGAGCAUGAAUGUGGGUCCUGCCUGUCUGCCACUGCAGCCGACGGAGGAUGGCCGAAAACUUCCACUGGCCGGUCACCAGGUGGUCGCCGCCGGAUGGGGCACCACUUCGUAUGGCGGACCACAGACCCACCGCCUGCUGAAGGCCACAUUGGACGUGAUCGAUGGGCAGCGGUGCCGGCAGACUUUGCUCUCCGCCGGUGGAGUACCGCCGCACACCUUUUGCACCUUCACUCCGGGUCGGGACACCUGCCAAUACGACUCGGGCGGGGCUCUCUACGAGCGGAUCCACGGACGGCUGGUGGCCGUGGGCAUCGUCAGUUUUGGCCAGUCCUGCGCCACCCAACAGCCGUCGGUCAAUACGCGAGUCGCCUCCUUCAUCAAGUGGAUUCGGGCCAAAAGCCCCGAGGUGGCCUAUUGUCCUGGCCGGAUAUAAGACCAGCAACUACUCUGAUUUAUGUACAGUAUUUAUAGUAAGGCUAAGAAAGUCGUCCAAAGUUAAUCGAAAAACGUUUUUGAUUAAUGGGACAUGGGGGUUGUAAAAGCUGGUCAGCCAUUGUUAAUACAGCCAAUAAGAUUAUCGGAAUGGUUUUUGAAUACCUCAUUAAAAGGACGCUCAAAAUAAUUAAGCUUUCAUAUGAUGUCAUUCUUUGUAUUACGAAUCAGUUAGUAAAAC